AUGCGGAAACCGUCAGCUACGGAUAGACGGAUAGAACUUGAACCCAUCGUUGCACGAACCAUCUACGACGUACACACAUUUCGGGUCCAUCUUCUCACCUUUUGUGGUGAUAAUUCCAUUCCUAUCGCUGUGGUUUCCUCCUCCACUGAGGAGUCGAGUCUCGACACAUGGCGACAAAGCCAGCCACAUUCCCAGCCACAAUCGACCGAGUCCAAGAUGGCUCAUCAUCAUUGGCUCUCCUCUCUGUUUCGUCUCCUCUCCUCCCGAUGGGCGUCUGGUAAACAGCACCUCUCAUUGGUCAUCAGGGACCAUUACCCCUCUCCCGGGCGCUUACAAUAUGAGAGUCUCUCGGCACGCACACCGCAGCACAUCACAGCACAUCACAGCAUGGAUUCACGGCACGGCACCUGCAGCUCCCCCUUCACCACCAACCCGACCAACCCCAGGCCGACUCCAACCCCCCAUUUCCCAUGGCUUCCUCCACCAAUGCUGACUCCCAUCCGGCUUGAAGGCGGGAAAAUGACCAGAAAUUCGGCGCGACUGAAGGCGACUUGA